GCUAUCGAAUAUCACUAUCGUAUCGAAGGUGUGGUUUUUUGCGAAGAAGACGUUGAGUUAGCUCAAAAUGGGGGGAUCUGUGUCAAGAUCAGAUUUUGCAUGGGUUUAUACCGAUGAACCACAUCUCACAAGAAGGAAAGAAAUGCUGAAAAAAUAUCCCGAGAUCAAGAGGCUUAUGGGUUAUGACACUAACAUUGCGAACAUCAUGCUUGCCAUGGUCCUGGUCCAAGUAAUCACAUCGUACCUCCUCCGCAACGAAUCGUGGAUGACCAUUGUCAUCGUAGGCUACUGCUUUGGAGGGGUGGUCAAUCAUUCCAUGACCCUAGCUCUUCACGAGGUUGGUCAUAACUUGGCCUAUGGGCAUGCAAGACCAUUGUGGAACAGGAUAAUAGGAUUCAUUGGUAAUCUGGUGAUUGGAGUACCUGUUUCAAUCUCUUUCAAAAGAUACCACCAGGAUCAUCAUAAGUAUCAGGGUGAAGACACUUUGGAUCCUGAUAUUCCAUCAGAAUGGGAGGGUAUUCUCUUCCGAAAGCCAUUUACUAAAGCUAUCUGGAUGCUACUACAACCAGCUUUCUAUGCCUUCAGACCAUUUAUCAAGAGACCGAAGGUCCCCAGCAAGCUUGAGGUCAUCAACCUGAUAGUGCAGCUGGUCUUCAAUGCAGCCAUCAUCUACUUCUUCAGCCUGAAGGCGUACAUCUAUCUCAUCCUGGGGUCCAUCUUGACCAUGGGACUUCAUCCUCUAGCCGGUCACUUCAUCUCGGAGCAUUACCUCUAUGAGGAAGGACAUGAGACCUACUCGUACUAUGGGCCUUUCAAUUACAUUGCCUUCAAUGUCGGAUACCAUAUGGAGCACCACGACUUCCCCAACAUUCCUGGUUACAAACUUCCUCUGAUCAGGAAGAUCGCCCCAGAGUACUACGAUCCUCUUCCAACUCAUGAAUCCUUUGCAAAAGUCGUUUGGGACUUUGUCAUGAGCCCCAAGAUCGGACCUUAUGCUCGCGUGAAGCGACCCAACUCUAUUGACCCCAGGUCCAUUGACCCCUGGGAUAUGCCUCAUUGAUGUUCCUGUUUGUGAUCGUUUGUUGGGUGUGUCUUUCUGCAAUUGUAUCGCUAGAUUUCUACAUAAUUAAUAGAUAAUUUUGUAUAUAGAAUGAUCAGGGUUGAUCAAGUCAGGUGCUGAAUCAAGUUUAUGAUUCAUUUAAAUCCAAUCCGAUGAACUCUUUGAUAAGUGAUUAAGCCUAAAUUGGGUAUUACAAGAGAGUUCCAUCCCAAAUCAAGCAUAAGUCCCAAAAUCUUGAUUUAGUGCAAAUUUGUUGAUUUGUAUACAGUUCGAACUACUCAUUUUGCUUGAUUCUGGAAAUUAUGCUCGACUUGUAAUGUAACACAAGUUUCUUGCAGCGCCCCAUAAGUUAGGAAUAUUUAUUUGCAAAAACACUGAUGUAAACAUGGAAAAAACAAAGGGAUAGUUCAUGAAACCAUACAACUCCCUUUGCACUCUCAAUUAUGUAAACAGUGAGUUCAUGAAUAAUAAUGAUAAUAGUGAUAUCUUAUUGAACGCGCACACCGUCCAGAGAUGCUCAUGGCGCUAGCGCAGCAACAGUUCCUUUAGAUGCAAAUAUUUUAUACACAUACAUUACAAACAGCUACUUAGAUAUAAAUAGAAAUCUUAAAUCACUGAAACUGGGUAUUGGAUAUUAUUUACAUUUACUACAUGUAAAUAGAAUGUGAAGAAAGGUGACUCUACAUGUAAAUUCUCUUGGAAAACAGGAAUUUGUUCAACUUUGGCAAAAAUGUGUCUAAGAACAUGUAAAUAAGACAUGUUUUGCAUAAUCUGGUCUGAAGUAAUGUUUAGAAUUAAGUGAUAUGUAAAUUUAUGGAAGGUCAGCUUUUGCAGAAUCUGCUGUGUGUCUGAUGUCAAAUUUUGUAUAAAACUUGAAUUGUCUGAAUGGUUUGUAUUCUUUAAAGAUUAAGCUUUAAAAUGCAUUGUGAAAAGCAGUGUGAAUACUAGUCCUUGGGUAGGAUCUCAUUUCAUUUGGUAAUUUCCUUGUUUUAAAAAUUAAUUCAGGGCAACUAUCUCUUCUUUUUUAUCAGAGAAGUAAAAACCAACUACUUGUAGAUCAAGUGAAUACAAACCUCAUUUCAUUGUCCUUCUUUUCACUGUGUGGUCAUCAUUGUAUGUGGAGUGUUUUGUUAAAACAGUACUAUGUUGCAGACACCUCCCCAAAACAAAAGGCACCUCACAUUUCAGUGAGGUAAAGUAUGAUUAAUUAACAUGAAAAAUCUAUGUGUAAUUAAGAUCAAAUCAAGAUGUUGGGAGUUCUCAUAUCCAUUUAGAUAAGUAUAUAUUUUUUUCAAUGAGGUGAUGGAAUUUUCCCCAUAGAGUGGGGGUAUUGUGCUCUCUGUGUGGAAUACUAGAUAGCUCUAAUUGCUCAGGUAAUGAACUGUGCUCACGAAUAGUAUUGUUAUUGCAUAAUUCAAUGUCUGGUGCAUUUUCAUAAUAGGUUUAAACUAGAGGCUAGAGACCCUGGGAGCAUUUUAUGAAAAGUUAUUGUCAAUGAUUUUUCACCGAUGUUAUACAAGCUACCAACAAAAUCCUUGCAUGUGAUUGGCUGAAGGUGAAUUAGGCUGUGAAAAUCACUGGCAAAUCUUUAAAUGAGAUGCUCCCUAGAAAGGUAAACAAGCAGGAAUUGUUAGGUGUCAUGAAACUUCUCAAAUUAUUAAUUAGCUGUUUAGUUUCGUUUUCCUUUUGUAUGUACUUUCUUUGUCUUUCAGAUUGUGCCUAUUGACAUCUUCUGCAGGGGGAGGGGGCAAAUUGGAUUUUCAUUAAAUCAAAAAGCAUUCAUAAUCAUUUAUGAUUGAUUGAUGAUCUUGUGUUUGGUGUUUAUAGGUGGGAAUUAAGGAAAAUUCUUGAUAAAGCCCAAUGGAAAUACUUGUAGUCUUUAAAUUUUAAUUUUAGUAGGUUGCUACAUUUUAUUAAGGAAUUGUAAUUUGUCAUGUUUCAGUAUGCAUAUUUAUUUGACUACUUGAUUUACUUUUUUUCUUUCCAUAAAUUCAUCAUAUUGUGAAGAUAAAUCAUGCUACAGCCAGACAUGAAUGUUAUUCAGUUCUGAGAGAAUAUUAGCAGGAGAGCUGGCACAAUUAAACAUGAAUAAAUAUGAAUCAUCAAGUCUUCUUUAUAAAUCAA